CAGAGCUAACUUUUGUUUUUCUGAAAUGAGAAUAACACAGCGACAUUGAUCAUGAGCGAAUUAUCACCCGUCUAAUCAUAUCCUGGGGACCGUUAUCAACAGUUCGCGAAGUAGAGGCAUUUGCGGUCUGCAUUUGGGAAUAUACUUAUUGAUCAAACAUUUGUUAAGUGAAUGCAUGAGAGUAGAGACAGUGGAUGAAAGAAUAAAAGUCUCAGACUUCUGUGCAUUGGAGUCGUAGACUGUUAAGAACUGAAGUUUUAACAUACUGUUCACAAACUCACACCUACAACGGAGUUGAACAAUAUUCAAGUUUGAGAUAUAAAUGUAAAGGAUUAGUCUUUGGAGUCGCACAAGUCCUCGCACGACACGCGCCACAGACACUCCAGAAAAUUACGCGCACAACUGUGGCUGGACUGUGGAAGAGCAACAUGUACCCGGCGUGCCGGACAAACGCGUUCAGUGUCUCACCAUCUGCCUCUCUGGCAAUGUUUGGGAAUUCGGGUGAAGCGAGAAAGAGACCCUGUUGGAUUGUAAUAUUGCUGUCGGUGCUCCUACAUCUGGCGUCAGCACAAGAUGACGUUCCUCCAUACUUUAAAACAGAGCCGGUACCGAGUCAGUUGCACUUGGAAAGGAACCGAUUGGUUCUGACUUGUAUGGCCGAGGGGAGCUGGCCAUUGGAGUUUAAAUGGAUCCACAAUGACACAGAGAUCACACGGUUCUCGCUGGAGUACAGGUAUUUGAUACCAUCUCUGGACAGAUCGCAUGCUGGCUUCUAUCGGUGUAUUGUGAGGAACAGAGUUGGGGCGUUGUUACAGAGGAGAACCGAAGUACAAGUGGCAUAUAUGGGAAGUUUUGAGGAAGGGGAACGAACCCAAGCCGUAUCCCAAGGAGAAGGAGCCGUAAUACCGGCGCCUCGUAUUCGCUGUUUCCCUCAACCACAGGUUACCUGGUUCAGAGACGGUCGCAAAAUCCCUCCCAGCAGUCGAAUAGCCAUUACUCUGGACAAUACGCUGGUCAUCCUGUCCACCGUGGCCCCAGAUGCUGGAAGAUACUACGUACAAGCCGUGAAUGACAAGAACGGCGAAAACAAGACUGGCCAGCCCAUAACACUGUCUGUGGAAAAUGUUGGUGGUCCUGCAGACCCCAUCGCUCCCACCAUUGUCAUCCCGCCGAGGAACACCAGCGUCAUCUCCGGCACCUCUGAGAUCACCAUGGAGUGUGUGGCCAACGCUAGGCCGUUAAUAAAGCUGAGCAUCAGUUGGAAGAAGGAUGGUGUUCCAGUGAGGAGUGGACUGAGUGAUUUUAACCGUAGACUGACGGUGUUGAGUCCAGUGGUCAGUGACUCUGGCUUCUACGAGUGUGAAGCUGUCCUCCGUAGCAGCAGCGUUCCCUCUGUCAGUGCUGGAGCGUACCUGCAUGUGCUCGAACUGCCUCAGUUUGUGAAGGAACCAGAAAAACACAUCACAGCUGAGAUGGAAAAAGUAGUGGACAUUCCCUGCCAGGCCAGAGGUGUGCCACAGCCUGAUAUUGUGUGGUACAAGGACGCGGUACCCAUAAGCCCUGUGAAGACCCCGCGCUACAGAGUGCUGGCAGGAGGUAGUCUCCAGGUUAACGGCCUUCUGCCCGACGACACCGGAAUGUUCCAGUGCUUCGCCCGCAACCAGGCCGGAGAGGUGCAGACCAACACCUACCUCGCCGUUACGAGUAUAGCACCGAACAUCACGGCAGGGCCUUCCGACAGCACUGUGAUUGACGGCAUGUCAGUUAUCCUUCACUGUGAGACCUCAGGAGCGCCCCGUCCUGCCAUCACCUGGCAGAAAGGAGAACGUGUGCUAGCAAGCGGUUCGGUUCAGCUCCCGCGGUUCACUCUCCUGGAGUCAGGAAGUUUACUCAUAAGCCCCUCCCACAUAUCAGACGCCGGUACCUACACCUGUAUGGCCAGCAACUCCCGUGGCAUAGACGAGGCCUCGGCCGACCUCGUGGUCUGGGCACGUACACGCAUCUCUAAUCCUCCUCAGGAUCAGAGCGUCAUCAAAGGAACAAAAGCCACCAUGACCUGCGGUGUGACGCAUGACCCCAGCGUCUCAGUCAGAUUCAUUUGGGAGAAGGACGGUCAGGUGAUCAUCCCUCAGUCUCUGCCUCGACUGCGGCUGGAUGUCAACGGUACGCUGCACAUCUCUCAGACCUGGUCAGGUGACAUCGGCACAUACACCUGCAGAGUGACAUCAGUGGGCGGCAAUGAUUCCCGUAGUGCGCACUUACGCGUGAGGCAGUUACCUCAUGCCCCUGAGAACCCCAGCGCAGUGUUAAGCACCACAGAGAAGAGAGCCAUAAACCUGACGUGGGCCAAACCUUUUGACGGGAACAGUCCUCUCAUCCGUUACAUUCUGGAAGUGUCUGAAAACAACGCUCCUUGGACAGUCCUGUUGGCCAGCAUUGAGCCGGAGUCGACUGCUGUAACAGUCAAUGGGCUGAUCCCGGCGCGCUCAUACCAGUUCCGUCUGUGUGCCGUCAACGACGUUGGCAAGGGCCAGUUCAGCAAGGAGACUGACCGGGUGUCUCUUCCAGAGGAGCCGCCCAGCGCUCCGCCUCAGAACGUCAUUGCCAGUGGCCGCACCAACCAGUCCAUCAUGAUUCAAUGGCAGCCACCACCAGAAAGCCACCAAAAUGGCAUCCUGAGAGGAUACAUCAUCCGGUAUCGUCUGACCGGUCUGCCUGUGGAUAUCCAGUAUAAAAACAUCUCUAACCCUGAUGUCACCAACCUGCUGCUGGAGGAUCUCAUCAUCUGGACGAAUUAUGAAAUUGAGGUGGCGGCAUUUAAUGGAGCUGGACUGGGCGUUUACUCCCAUAAGGUUACAGAGUGGACACUCCAGGGAGUUCCCACCAUCGCUCCAGGCAAUGUGAAAGCAGAGCCCUUCAACUCCACCACAAUACGCUUCACCUGGACAGCCCCGAACCCGCAGUUCAUCAACGGCAUCAACCAGGGCUACAAGCUGUUAGCAUGGGAGCCAGGAAAGGAAGACGAGAUGACAAUAGUGACCGUUCGGCCGAACUUCCAGGACAGCGUGCAUGUGGGUCACGUCACCGGCUUAAAGAAGUUUUCGGAGUACUUCACCUCUGUGCUCUGCUUCACCACACCAGGAGAUGGUCCUCGCAGUCCUCCACGACGACUGCGCACACAUGAAGACACCCCUGGUGCUGUGGGUCACCUGAGCUUCACUGAGAUUUUGGACACUUCUCUCAAAGUCAGCUGGAGAGAUCCCAAUGAGAAGAACGGCGUUCUGACUGGGUAUCGUAUAUCAUGGGAGGAGUAUAACCGUACUAACACGCGGGUUACACACUACCUGCCUAAUGUUACUCUGGAAUACAGAGUCACUGGAUUGACCGCUCUCACCACUUACACCAUUGAGGUGGCCGGAAUGACCUCCAAGGGUCAGGGUCAGCUGUCAUCUUCAACCAUCUCUUCAGGAGUACCACCAGAGCUUCCCGGGCCUCCCACAAACUUGGCCAUCUCAAACAUUGGCCCUCGAUCAGUAACCUUACAGUUCAAGCCGGGAUACGACGGCAAGACCUCAAUUUCUCGUUGGCAAGUGGAGGCUCAGGUGGGUGUCAUUGGAGAGAACGAGGAUUGGGUGAUGGUCCAUCAGCUGGCCAACAAGCCUGAUGCUCGCUCUCUGGAGGUCUCCGGCCUCAACCCCUACACCUUUUAUAGGUUCCGUAUGCGUCAGGUGAACAUAGUGGGCACCAGUCCUCCCAGCCAGCCUUCCAGAAAGAUCCAGACCCUGCAGGCUCCUCCUGAUAUGGCCCCUGCAAAUGUCACCCUGCGGACGGCCAGCGAAACCAGCCUCUGGCUCAGAUGGGUGCCUCUACCUGAAUGGGAGUACAAUGGGAACCCAGAUUCGGUGGGUUACCGUGUGCAGUACUGCAGGACUGGAGCUCAGUCCAAAGCCCUGCUGCACGUCAUCGCAGACCGCCUGGAGAGAGAGUUCACCAUCGAGGACCUGGAGGAGUGGACGGAGUAUGAGGUCAGAGUUCAGGCCAUCAACGGCAUUGGAGCAGGACCCUGGAGUCAACCUGUACGGGGAAGAACCAGAGAGUCCGUCCCCUCUUGUGGCCCCACAAAUGUUUCUGCAUUUGCCACUACCUCCAGCAGCAUUCUGGUCCGCUGGUUUGAAGUUCCCGAACCCGACCGGAAUGGACUCAUCUUGGGCUAUAAGGUGGUGUAUAAGGAGAAGGAUUCAGACUCUCCUCUACAGUUCUGGGCAGAGGAAGGGAACGCCAGUCACAGUGCUCAGCUAACCGGACUAGGCAAGUAUGUUCUGUAUGAGAUCCAGGUGCUCGCCUUCACCCGCAUUGGAGACGGCCGACCCAGCUCUCCUUCAAUCCUGGAGCGAACCCUUGAUGACGUGCCCGGGCCGCCUGUCGUCAUUCUUUUUCCUGAAGUCCGGACCACCUCGGUCAGACUCAUCUGGCAGCCACCUUCCCAGCCCAACGGCAUCAUACUGGCCUAUCAGAUCACAUACCGCCUGAACUCCACCAAUAGCAACACAGCCACGUUUGACGUCUUGAACUCCAGCGCACGGCAGUAUACCGUCGCCGGACUGAGGCCGGAAUCCGUGUAUGUGUUCCGUAUCCGAGUGCAGACACGCAAGGGUUGGGGAGAGGCAGCGGAGGCUUUGGUGGUCACCACCGAAAAGAGAGAUACCACUGCCCCGCCUCAAAAUGUGGUCAUCCAAUCAGCUACUGCCACACAAUUUGAUGUGACGUGGGACCCGCCUCCGCUGGAGACUCAGAAUGGAGAUAUUCAGGGUUAUAAGAUAUUCUUUUGGGAAUAUCAGCGGAAAAACGAGACUGAGAAACUGAGGACUCUCUUCCUGCCAGAGGGAGGGGUGAAGCUCAAGAAUCUAACGGGCUACACCACCUACAUGAUCAGUGUUGCUGCUUUCAACGCAGCCGGCGAUGGGCCACGCAGCCUACCGACCAGAGGAAGAACCCAGCAAGCUGCUCCCAGUGCUCCCAAUUUCAUCCAUUUCAGUGAGCUUACCACCACCUCUGUCAACGUGUCGUGGGGUGAGCCUGUCUUCCCUAACGGCAUCCUUGAGGGUUACAGACUUAUCUACGAGCCCUGCAUGCCUGUUGAUGGCGUCAGUAAGAUCGUGACGGUGGACGUGAAGGGGAACGCCCCUCUGUGGCUGAAAAUCAAAGACCUGGCGGAUGGCGUCACAUACAACUUCCGCAUUCGCGCCAAAACCUUCACCUACGGUCCAGAGGUGGAGGCCAACAUCACCACAGGACCUGGAGAAGGAGCCCCGGGCCCUCCCGGUGAGCCCUUCAUCUCCCGAUAUGGCUCCGCCCUCACCAUCCACUGGACCAAUGGGGAUCCCGGGCGAGCACCUAUCACCCGCUAUGUUAUAGAGGCCAGGCCCUCAGAUGAAGGCUUGUGGGACAUCUUAAUCAAGGACAUUCCCAAGGAAGUGACUUCAUAUACCUUCAACAUGGAUAUCUUAAAACAGGGAGUCAGCUAUGACUUCCGGGUCAUCGGGGUGAAUGAUUAUGGGUACGGAUCUCCAAGCCAACCGUCACCAUCCAUAUCAGCACAAAAAGUGGCUCCGUUCUAUGAGGAAUGGUGGUUUCUGGUGGUGGUUGCUCUGGUCGGCCUCAUUUUCAUCCUGCUUCUAGUUUUCAUCCUCAUCAUCAGAGGCCAGAGCAAGAAAUAUGCUAAGAAAUCUGACUCAAGCAGCAAUUCCAACUGCAAUGCAUUGACACAUGGAGAGAUGGUCAGCCUGGACGAGAGCCGUUUCCCUGCCUUGGAACUGAACAAUCGACGACUGUCCGUCAAAAAUUCCUUCUGCCGCAAAAAUGGCGUCUACACCAGGUCACCUCCUCGACCCAGUCCAGGCAGUCUGCACUACUCAGAUGAGGAUGUCAGCGCCAAAUACAAUGACCUGAUCCCAGCAGAGAGCAGCAGUCUCACAGAGAAGCCAUCAGAGAUCUCAGAUUCACAGGAGGCGCUUGUUUUCUCCUUUAAGACUGGGGGCCUCCAUACUCUUCCAACUCAAAGGGGCAGUGACAGCGAAUACGAGGUGGACCCCAACCGCCAGAAGACGCAUUCAUUCGUCAACCACUACAUCAGUGACCCCACCUACUACAACUCCUGGCGCAGACAGCAGAAGGGAAUCUCCCGAGCGCAGGCCUACAACUACACCGAGUCAGAGUCCGAAGAGCCCGAACCCUGCGCUCCUCCACCGCCUCUGCCCCCUCUACCCCCGUUCCCACCGCAGCUCAGUUCCCCUACGUCCCAGAGCCAGUCCCAGGCUGGCAGCCUUUUUAGACCCAAGGGCAGCCGGACUCCCACUCCAUCCCAGCAGAGCUCCAACCCACCCAGUCAGCAAGGCACACUUUAUCGGCCCCCGAGCAGCUUGGCUCCAGGUUCCCGGGCCCCCAUCGCUGGCUUCUCCUCCUUUGUUUGAUUGAAUGAAGAUAUCGGUACAUGGAAAUACAAAACAAAGGCAGGGGAUCACUUACUUUCCCCAAUGCCUGAUCAAACUCACGUCUAUAGAAAAACGACAACAAACAUCAGCCCUGGAUUUGUUGUGCUUACGUUGUCAUUGCAAGCUGAUUUUUGUUUUUAUAUACUUUCUUUGAUCACACAUUUUGUUUUCUUUCGUUUAGGUUUUUGUUUUGUUUCUCUGCUUGUGUGUUCAAAGUGUUUCACUCAAAAUGAAAGACAAUCACUUGGAAAGACAUGUAAACGCAUUGGUGAGCUUUGUUUUUGUUUUUUUUGUGCUGCUUGAACAAACUGCAUGACUUUUUUGUUGUUCAAACAUUUAUUUUCGUUUGCUUUUUCAUUUUGUUGUCAUUGGUUAUUUUGUUUUAUUGAGUAUAACACCAACACUAAGUUACGAAUGCUGGACAAAGGCACUGACACAUGAAAAAUAAAUUUAAAAAG